CGCACCCUUUUAUUCGUCGCACAGACUGCUACUAGCCGGCUAGCUCGUUUAAAAACUCCGGGUCGGAAAGGUGCACCUGGUGUCAGGGAAUUGUCAUCCCCCCGCACGCGGCGUCUGAAAGUGGGUCUGAGACGGCAGGGAGUGUAGGGGGGAUGAUUGCCGGCGGGUGAACCACAUCAAUUUUGAGUGCUUCACUCUUUCGCCUCUUCGUUGCACCCAUAAUUCUUUCGAUACAUUUUGUAUCGUUUCCACUCCGAGUUACGCACAUCCUGUCUUUUCUGCAAAAUGUCGGGCCGAGGCAAGGGCGGAAAGGGUUUGGGAAAGGGAGGCGCGAAGCGUCACCGAAAGGUGUUGCGUGAUAACAUCCAGGGUAUCACCAAGCCGGCCAUUCGCCGUCUGGCGCGUCGUGGUGGUGUGAAGCGUAUUUCUGGUCUCAUCUACGAAGAGAUCCGUGGUGUCUUGAAGGUGUUCCUUGAGAACAUCAUCAAGGACUCCGUCACCUACACGGAGCACGCUCGCAGAAAGACCGUCACCGCUAUGGACAUCGUCUACUCCCUGAAGCGCCAGGGCAGAACCCUCUACGGUUUCGGUGGUUAAAUUGUGCAAAUGAACAAGCGAAGCUAAACAGGCAGAACAAAUGAGUGGUGCUCUAGAAAUGCUGCGGUUUCCCAUGUUGAUCCGCGUCGGGGGGAGGUAUCUUCCCCGCGCGCGAGGAUAGUGGUAGCAUUGAGAUUUUGCCGAAACUUUCAUUUCUCUGAUUCUCGGGGCAAGUAAAGUGUCCCAAACAUUUUAGGCUUCACUAGAAGCCACCACAGUUUCCUUUCUCGAAGCAGCCGCGUCGCCAAAGCCUUUUGGGCACGUUGUUAUCAAGCUUGUUCACGCGUUUUGCAUGGAGCCACGAUGCGGGUUUUCCCGUAACGGUGCUGCUCCAUUUCUGAGACCGCAGUAAUAUUCGGCUGUGGUCAUUUGCUCAGUAAUCCCUUUAUGUCUUUGCUUUUGACGACGGAUGUGUGGAAUGUGGUUGGACUAGUGGAGGAUGUUUAUCGGCCGCUGCGACUAGGUCGGAUCUUUCCCAUCGCGCAUAUCGAAGUGGUUGCGCUUGUUUGAAAUGCAAGAGCGGGGGCCUCGUGGUAGCGUUUCUUGGCUGAUGGCAAUUAAUCGAUCAACGAUUGGAGCAGCAUGACGCAGGUCUAUAUUCGCACAAUUAUGCUCUGCGUUUUUUAAUGAGGAUUUCGUCAAGCUAACAGGAAUAGUAGCAGCAUUGCUCUUUUCAAUGUAAUGGGAAAGGUAGGGGCGAUGUCGAGCGGGUGUUCUAGCUGCCGUAUUCAUUAUCGCUUCUUGCCUUGCAGAAUCGAUGUUUGUAGAUGGCUGUGCAUAGAAGAUUGUACAAGACCAGGGGUAGAAAGCAGAAUACAAUUCACAGGGCAAGCAACAAACGCCGGUUCAUCCCCAGAUCUGUCGGUAAAUUCCAUAGAGCACUUUGUUCAAGAGUUUACGCUAACCCUUCUUCGCAGGCUCUGUAUCUGGUGCAACACCGUAGCAAUGCUGCCUUAAGCGGAAAGUCGAAGCUGCGCAGCUUGUUACUACGGUCGUAAGUGUUGCAGAAUGGUAACCGCCGGCAAGUCUGAACAGUUCUACAGUCACAAAAAGGGUUUCACGAUAUGACGACUCUGGGCCUUUUGUUCCUUACCAGGACACAUUGGGAGGCAACUCUGAAUCAAAAGGCCUCGUCGAUGAGCUUACAGAAGCUCUGUAUCCGCACCAGAACCAGGCAACGUCUUCCAUAUGUGAAGAAUUCUGGGUCCAUUAUGUACAACGGAUGAUAAAAACGUUUUUCGACA